AGGCUUUAAAGGACAAUUUUUUGCUGGUAAAGUCUGUGUCAGAUUCAUUCCUGGUUGCAACACCACUCCCAUAGGAUGCAUUUAUGUUCCACAGCUUUUGGAAGAAAUCACCAGCAGUUAGCACAAAGCCUGUGAAAAAGGAUCCAUCAUGUCUGACAAACCGGAUUUUGCUGAAAUUGAAACAUUUGAUAAGACCAAGCUGAAAAAAACUGAAACCAGAGAAAAAAAUCCAUUGCCUACUAAAGAAACUAUUGAACAGGAAAAACAGAGCAAAAUCAGCCCCUGAAGGUGGACCUGAAGAUGUAGCUGGCAUUUCCUGUUGUGCGGUUUUAAGUUGAAUUGCCUUGGCUCACCCAUUUUAAAAAAUAGCACUUUUCUUUCUUGGUGCAGCAGGAAUGUUUUCUUAAGAAGCAAUGCUCUGAAACUAAUCAAAUCUACCUUUUGCCAUUCCCCAAAGGAACUACACAACCUGUGUCCAAUAAAAAUGUGACAGUUUGCCAAAAAAUAUACACUUUUGUUGUAUGUCAGCAGGGAAUGUUAUUUUCAUACAGUGUCUAAUUUACAACCUCACAAUAAACUGUUUUGUACAUUGUAA